UCAAAUCAAAAUGAUCCGUGACUGCUCUGGUGCUGUAUGGCUGUGUCCGUCUUGCCAUAACACCAAGGACUGUGCAGAUCAACUAGCCACAGCAUUUGAACUUAUUUCCGAACGCCUUUCUUCUAUCGUUCGACUUAUCAACGCCCAGAUCGAUGUGACUCGCUCGUUGUGCCGCGCUUAUGGGCAAAACAUUCCUCGUUCAAGUUGCUGCAACCACGCUCCCAGAAUUUGUGCUUCGAAUGAUGCACGCACAUUUGAAGAAGAAAUAAACGAUAUGCAACUUGAGUUUAGCAAAGUUUUCAACUCCUUCGUCGACGAUACAAAUAAUCUUGUCCAGACGAACAACAAUAAAAAAAGGAACCGUACUAGCAGUUUCUCCUCUUCACGCGUGACAUCUGGUAGAAUCGAGAAAAAAACAAGAGUCGAUGCGUCUGUGGAUACAUCCGAUUUAAUCAACCUGACUCAACUUGUUCCGAUUACUCGGUCUGGCAAUUCAGACUCACUGUGUCAUCCUUCAACAUCUUACGCUGCUGAUAACAAUCAGACGAGUCAAAAUAAUGCUAUGAAUCCUGAAAUUGCAUCGCCUCAAUUACAAAGAACAUCGCCACCUACACCUUCAGCUAGCGGUUCUACAGUUCGCUACACCACUAGCAAUCUCAGAAGCUAUCCACCUGUGCCAGUUACAUCAUCUUUUCUCACAGACAUCAACAACAUCAGCAGCUCGCCCCACACCUUCACGGCAAAGAAAUUUCAAUAGAGGACCUGUACUCGACCAUCAUCCUGACAUUAUAAGCGCAGAAACAACAUUUCCAC